AUGACUUUUGCCGAAGAGAGCCAGAUCUCUGCCCCGGGCGUCCAGGCCAGCAAGCUGGGCGGCGCAAGGAGAGGUGUUGAGCCGGGCCAGAAUGCCACGAAGAGGUUGCAAACGGAGCUUAUGCAGCUCAUGACCUCGCCGGCGCCGGGCGUGUCUGCGUUCCCCUCUGCCGACGGCAACCUUCUCUCGUGGAGAGCCACCAUCGAGGGCCCCGAUGACACGCCCUACUCGGGCCUCACAUUCAAGCUCAGCUUCGAAUUCCCAUCCAACUACCCCUAUGCGCCGCCCGCCGUCCUCUUCCGGACACCGAUCUACCAUCCCAAUGUCGACUUCUCCGGGCGCAUCUGUCUCGACAUCUUGAAGGACAAGUGGACCGCGGCAUACAACAUCCAGACCGUGCUACUCAGUCUGCAGUCUUUGUUGGGAGAGCCAAACAAUGCAUCUCCCCUGAACGGCGAGGCUGCCGAACUGUGGGACAAGGACCCGACGCUAUUCAAGACAAAGGUUAUGGACCGCCACAAGGAAGUCGAGGACGACUGA